AUGACGGACUCCGAGAAGUAUCAUUACGCCGAACCUAGGGAUGAUACUUUUGAGCCCGAGCGUCUUUCCGCGACUCGAGGUGGGCGAUAUGCAGAGGGCGCCCCUAUUGGCUACCAUGAUAACGACGUCUUUGGCAACGAGGAGAAUGCCGCAAUCAAAUACAAGACUCUCUCCUGGCCACUCGUUGCAGUGCUCAUGAUCGCCGAGAUCGUCAGCAAUGGCAUGCUCUCGCUCCCUGCUGCGACAGCUGUAGUAGGUAUCGUGCCAGGAAUCGUUUUGAUCGCUUUUUUAGGCAUAUUCGCAUUGUAUACGUCUCUCGUCUUGAUCGACUUCAAGCUCAAUCAUCCCGAAGUCCACAACAUGGGCGACGCUGGGCUGAUAAUGGGCGGUCCAAUCCUACGAGAGAUCCUCUCCGCAGGAACUGUGAUAUUCGCCGUCUUCGCGACUGGCUCGCAGCUCCUCGCUGGCCAGAUCACCCUAGGCGUCUUGUCUGAGAACAAGCUAUGUCUGAUGCUGUACACAGGGAUCUUCGCCGCCGCGACGCUCGUCCUAUCUUUCCCCAGGACUCUUGAUUCUCUCUCAUGGCUCUGCAUACCGUCAUGUAUCUGCAUCCUCGUGGCGGGGAUCGUAGGCAUGGGUGCAGCAGGCGGUUAUCCAGCACCCGAUCGCCACGUUGACGUCGCUCGAUCUGCAAGCUUCUACGAUGCGUUUGUAUCCAUAACAAACCCGGUCUUUGCAUAUGCAGGACACUUUAUGUUCUUCAUUCUAAUCUCAGAGAUGCGGAGGCCUCAAGAUGCCAAAAAGGCAGCCUGGGUCUUGCAAGUUUUUGCCACCACGUUCUACAUCGUCUUUACGAUCGUCAUGUACGUCUACCUCGGCCCAUCCGUACAGUCACCGGCAUUCUCAUCCUUGCCUACAAAAUGGGCCAAAGCUACGUACGGCAUCGCCCUUCCGAACUUUCUCAUCGCCGGUGCCUUGUACUCGCAUACAGCGGCGAAGUUGUUUUUCAUUCGCCUGUUCCGCCGCACCCGACAUCUGCACGAGCACACCGUCCUGGGCUGGACGACAUGGACUAUUCUGAUCAUCCUUGCCAACGGGGCCGCCUUCGUUCUCGCGGUUGGUGUACCGAUAUUUGCCUAUCUUGUCUCGAUCGCCGCGAGUCUGUUUGCAAGCUGGUACACCUAUGGCAUUGCAGGCGCGUUCUGGUUGUAUGAUGCCUGGCAUGGUCUGGACAAGGGCCGCUUGAGGGGUGUUUAUGGCGUCAGAGCUUGGAAAGGUAACCCUUUCAAGACGGUCUUGAACAGUCUCACGUUCCUGGCUGGGGCGUUUAUCUGCGUCGCUGGAACCUAUGUCUCAAUCAAACUUAUCAUUGACGCAUAUAGCAGUGGCAGUGUUGGCGAACCAUUUGCAUGUUGA